UUCAAAAGAUACAAGAAAAUUCGUAUCCUCCUUUCUCUCUCUCUCUCUCUCUCUCUCUCUCUGCGGAAAACUUAGCAAGGCACAGCUCUUUCACAGGGAAGAGAAAACAAAAGUGAAGAAUUCAAUUCCUUCUCGAUCAUCAAUAACAACGAAGAAGAACAAGAAGAAAAGAUUUGCUUAACCACAAACGUGCUUUUACACAUCUUGUGUUAUUUUUCUAGUUUGGAGAGGUGGAGGAAAGAGGAGAGAGAAACCAUCUUUGGGGUGGGAGUAAGAGCAAAACAAGAGAGAUGACAUGGCAUAACAACUCUGAAGAUGAAACAGCCAUCCAAAUAGUCUCGCAUUCUCCUCAACAAAAUCGUAUUAUCGAUGCAGAAAAAGCCGGUGAAGUUCGCUUCAUAGCAUGCCCUUCAUGUGGCCAUAAUAUAGAAUUGCAAAAUCGGGCGGGAAUUCAAGAUUUGCCGGGGCUUCCAGCCGGGGUGAAGUUUGAUCCGUCUGAUCAAGAAAUUCUUGAACAUUUGGAAGCUAAAGUGUCAUCAAAUGCCCAUAAAAUUCAUCCUUUAAUUGAUGAAUUUAUUCCUACAAUUGAGGGGGAAAAUGGAAUUUGCUACACACACCCAGAAAAGUUACCAGGUGUAAGCAAAGUUGGCCAAAUCCGCCACUUCUUCCACUGGCCUUCAAAGGCAUACACCACCGGGACAAGGAAGAGAAGAAAGGUUCACACUAACGAAGAUGGCGGUGAAACAAGGUGGCACAAAACAGGAAAAACAAGGCCAGUUCUUGUUGGUGGGACAGUGAAAGGGUUCAAGAAAAUACUAGUGCUCUACACCAACUAUGGUAGGCAAAGGAAACCAGAGAAAACCAAUUGGGUUAUGCACCAAUACCAUCUUGGCAAUAAUGAGGAAGAGAGAGAUGGAGAGGUGGUGAUUUCGAAAGUUUUCUACCAAACACAGCCUAGACAAUGUGGUUCAACUUCAAGCCUUUCAGAUUCAGUGUUUGACCAAAAAUCAAGUCAUGUAAUUGAGAAUACACAAGGUUAUGUGGAGGGAUAUUAUAAUCCAACUACAUUGAUAUCCUAUGAUAUUGGAUUUGGAGGGCAAAAUAGGGAAAUCACACCUCAGCUAAUCCCUAAUUUGGGUAUUCAAGGUGAUGGGUCUUCAUUUAUUCAUUUGCCCAACAAUGCAAGCAAAGUGAAAGUGCUUGAGAGGGAAUAGACAUGGCGGAACAGUUGAUAGGGCAAACCAUAAUAAGGACUUGUUUGGUUGUUGUUGAUAUGAUGUUUAAUGGUUAAAAAUAGGUUGAGAUUGAAUGGGAUUGGCAUAGGUAUUUUCUUGGGUAAGUUGGAUAGGCAUUAACAUUGUUUUCUUGUAGGAGUUUGUUUGUAGUUUGUAUGUUGUUGGUAGGGAUCAUACAAUGGAGCUAGUGUGCCUUUUGCACCCAUUUAUGUAAUGGGGAGCUUUGUAAUCAGAAAAAAACAUAUAUAAUGGAGAGAUAUAUUGAUGGAAAAUGACAUAUACACACUCA